AUGUGCUCGAAUGAGGAGUGUCGCGCUAUUCUACCCAAGAAGGAGCGGGAGCUGUUGCUGAAGGCGGCAAAGGUUGAGAAGACGCGGGAUGACGGAACCACCGUUGUGGGAUUCCCCCGCGUCAAAUGCGAUGGUAUGAUGCUCAUCGAUGACUCGCGGGAGGACCUGUAUAACCAGCACCGGAAGCCUGGGUUCUGUAACAGUUGCAAGGCAACACAUUCAAUGAGCUGGUACAAUGACAAUGUGUACAAGGGAAAGAGGAUAUGUCACAACUGUAAUACAUACCAGUGCUACACGCAGGCAAGGUGCCAAAAUGAAGCGUGUUCUCUGAUCCAUCACUCGAAACAUCUCACUGAGAUCAAGCUAAACUACCGCCGGGAGACAGGAAAGAAUGCAGGCAUCGAAGCGGUGCUCAAAUGCAUCAAGUGUCAGGGUCCAGUUGCUAUUGACAAAACCAAAACUAUACGCGACAGGAAAGUUCCUUACAAGCCUGGGGCGUGUCUCACUUGCGAUCGGAGAAGUGAGCGGAAGUGGAAGCGGAUACCCUGGGACAAGGUGAGUAGUCAAAGAAUGUGUGGAAAAUGCGAGGCCCGCUACAGGAAGACUGCGACCAGGUGUCUGAAUACCGGAUGCUCACACAUCCAUACUAUUGGAGAGGUUGCGAAGAUGGAGAAUAUGGGCAAGAUAAAGGCACACCUACCUGAUGGAACGAUAGUUUUGGGUCACCCUUGCGUGAAGUGUGGCUGCACGACUUACAAAGACACAAGCAUGAAGCUAAGCUGCAGGAAAAAAGCGGAAGCUGGGCAAAUGUGUUACAGUUGCAAGAGUCAGAUCAAGGGCGUGGCAGAGUUAGUAGCUUGGGACAAACAGAACCCCGAACGCCUCUGUAGGGCGUGCUUCUGGCGCUACCAUACGUAUAAAGCGCACUGCGACUCAGCCGAAUGCUCCCUUGUGCCAAACAAAGAGGGCCUCGAUGCUUUGAAGAAAAAGGGACCCAUAGAAGUGUGCGAAGAAACACCAGUGAAGAAAGUGUACCAUGCGCCGUGCCCAAAGUGCAAGGGCUAA